AUGGACGGGCUGCCCGGCGGUCGGGCGUUGGGGGCCGCCUGCCUUCUGCUGCUGGCGGCCGGCUGGCUGGGGCCCGAGGCCUGGGGCUCCCCCACGCCCCCACCGUCGCCCGCCGCGCCGCCCCCGCCGCCUCCCCCGCCGCCCGGAGCCCCCGGCGCGCCGCAGGACACCUGUACGUCGUGCGGCGGAGGUGGCGGUGGCGGCGGUGGCUUCCGGCGGCCCGAGGAGCUGGGCCGGAUGGACGGCGACUUCCUGGAGGCGGUGAAGCGGCACAUCUUGAACCGCCUGCAGUUGCGGGGCCGACCCAACAUCACGCACGCCGUGCCCAAGGCCGCCAUGGUCACGGCCCUACGGAAGCUGCACGCGGGCAAGGUGCGCGAGGACGGUCGCGUGGAGAUCCCGCACCUCGACGGCCACGCCAGUCCGGGCGCCGACGGCCAGGAGCGCGUCUCGGAAAUUAUCAGCUUCGCCGAAACAGAUGGCCUGGCCUCCUCCCGGGUCCGCCUGUCCUUCUUCAUCUCUAAUGAAGGCAACCAGAACCUGUUUGUGGUGCAGGCCAGCCUAUGGCUCUACCUGAAACUGCUGCCGGGCGUGCUGGACAAGGGCAGCCGGCGCAAGGUGCGCCUCAAGGUGCACUUUCAGGAGCAGGGCCGGGGUGCCCGCUGGAGCGUGGUAGAGAAGCGGGUGGACCUGAAACGCAGCGGCUGGCACACCUUUCCGCUCACGGACGCCAUCCAGGCCCUGUUUGAGCACGGUGAGCGACGACUCAACCUGGACGUGCAGUGUGAUGGCUGCCCAGAGCUGGCUGUGGUACCUGUGUUCGUGGACCCCGGUGAGGAGUCGCACCGGCCCUUCGUGGUGGUGCAGGCGCGGCUGGGUGACAGCAGGCACCGUAUCCGCAAGCGAGGCCUGGAGUGCGACGGGCGGACCAACCUCUGUUGCAGGCAACAGUUCUUCAUUGACUUCCGGCUCAUCGGCUGGCAUGACUGGAUCAUUGCGCCCACCGGCUACUACGGGAACUAUUGUGAGGGCAGUUGUCCAGCGUACCUGGCUGGGGUGCCGGGCUCUGCCUCCUCCUUCCACACAGCUGUGGUGAACCAGUACCGCAUGCGGGGCUUGAACCCUGGCCCUGUGAACUCUUGUUGUAUCCCCACCAAGCUGAGCUCCAUGUCCAUGCUGUAUUUCGAUGAUGAGUACAACAUUGUGAAGCGUGACGUGCCCAACAUGAUUGUGGAAGAGUGCGGCUGUGCCUGA